AUUUUUGAAGGGACAAUUAUCGACGUGUUCACAUGCACCUUCGUUGAUUCUCUUCAUGUUUUCUUUCCCUUAAUAUAUUAUUACACGCAUGCAUGAUCUAUCUUCUACUCAACAAAGCACAAACACACAUAUCCUCACUUUCAUUAGAGUCAUAGCCACCAUGGCCUUAGAAACCAAACCACGCCUUCCAUGGAAGGUGCGCUUCUCUACUUCCAUCCUCUCCGCCAUUAGCGACAUCACCGGUCGUUCCAAUGGUACCAUUAAUCGCCGCCUCCUCAGCUUCAUUGACUGGAAAAUGCCUCCUAACCCUAAUUCCAAAUCCAUCAACGGCGUCUCUUCAUCUGACGUCGUUGUGGAUCCCACAUGCAAUCUUUGGUUUCGUCUUUUCCUUCCUUCCUCCUCCACCACUGCCACCACAAAAUCUUUGCCUGUUAUCAUAUUCUUUCAUGGUGGUGGCUAUGCAUAUAUGUCUCCCUCUUCUAUUCCAUACCACAUGCUUUGUCGCUUAUUUUGUCGUUCUUUUCCUGCCAUUGUUGUGUCUGUUAAUUAUGGUCUUUCCCCCGAACAUCGUUUUCCAUCCCAAUACGAGGAUGGUUUGAAAAUCCUUAAGUUCCUUGAUCAAAAUGUUGAUGUUUUAGGAAAAUAUGCUGACAUCAGCAAAUGUUUUUUGGCGGGUGAUAGUGCGGGUGGAAACUUGGCCCAUCAUGUGGCUGCUCGGGUUUCCUUAGAGGAUUUUCGGGUUUUGAAGGUUAUUGGACUGGUUUCGAUCCAACCUUUUUUUGGAGGAGAGGAACGAACUGAGUCUGAGAUUCGAUUGAAACGGGUACCCAUCUGUUCGAUGGAUAAAACCGAUUGGUAUUGGAAAAUGUUUUUGCCGGAUGGGUCAAACCGAGACCAUGAAGCGUCUAAUGUUUGUGGGCCUAAUGCAAUGGAUAUUUCAAAUGUGGAUUAUCCGAAUACUCUGGUGUGUGUUGGUGGGUGUGACCCGUUAGUAGAUUGGCAAAAGAGGUAUUAUGAGUGGUUGAGAAAAUCUGGAAAAGAAGUGCAACUAAUAGAAUAUCCAAACAUGGUUCAUGCUUUUUUUUACUUUCCAGAUUUGCCUGAGACACUUGACCUUAUUUCUAAAGUCAAAGAUUUUAUGAUCAAGCAAAUGGUUGCUAUGAAUUAAGGGGUUAAGCAAUUUGGAAAAAUAUCAAUCAUCAACUCCUUUUUUUUAUGCAAUUAACCGUGAAGUUAAAUAGUGGUAUGUUAUAACAAAAAAAGUGUAUAUUUCUUUGUAUCUACGUUUGAAAAUAGGAUAGCUGUGUUUAAAUUUAUUUAUGGAAUUGUUAUUGAUAUUUUGUAUUGUUGAUGUGAAAGAUAAUCACCCUUGCAAAAGAUUGAACUUA